AUGAAAACCGCCGUGUUUUUGACGAAAACCAACCCGCCAUCUUUCCUUUUGACCGCCAUGUCCUCAAAACUGUCCAUGCUUCUGGAUGCCGGCUCAGUGCUUGUUGAAUCACAAUCACCUACCCAAAGUGACCUCAAAACUAUCCUCCAAUCUAGGCUUGUUCGGUACCAUGAACGUCGCGGAACCCAAGCCACGACUGAUGCCUCGGAUUCUCUGGACAAGAUCGAACGCGCUACUGCACUCGCAUCUCUGGACGUCGUUGAAGGAGUCCAGAAUAUGAUUGGUGCAGAAGGUGAUCCAGACGACAUCCCAGCCAUUGGCACGCGCGAUCUUGCACAGCUGCGAACGCUCAUUUCCAUUACAAUCAAAUGGGGGAUCGACCCAUUGCUAGCGAAGCUGAAGUCGUCCUGGCCAGCUAAAGCCUUCCAAGCUUCUGCCCCGUCGCCUAAAAUUGUCGAAAUAUCUGACGUUGCCGAAGACUUUGCUUUGCUCUCGUCAAUGACACUUCGUUUCAUGGGUUUGCUGUUUCCUAGCGGACCACAGUCACCAUUGCCACAGACGUUGGUCACUACGACUAUCCUCAGUAGGCAUGUGGGGCAGAUACUUUCCCCUUGCAUUGCUUUGGGCUGGUUGCCGAAAUCUUUGAAUUCUGGCGAAGCAGUAGCUGUGGAUGCCUUACGACCGCUGACCAUGCGUUUGCUCGCCGUUCUCCCUCCGUCACAAGCUAUCACUGCCCUAGGUGCCGCUCUCUCUUCUCAUCGCGAGGUUCCCCAUAUUCGGAGAAAUUGCGUGUACCUUUUAGGACGUCAGAUUUUGCGUCCUUUCGGUGUAAGAGGCCUAUUUGCAGCAGUGUUGGGAGAAGACGAAGGUUCAGAAGGUGAGAUAGGGUUAGAACAACUGGAACACAUUGCGCGAGUCCUCGGUACGGUUCCAACAAACAUGAAGGACGAGGCAAGUGAAUCCGAAUUCUUCAGUGUCACCGUACCCCAGCUUCUUGCGUUGAUCCAAGAAGUCAAGUAUCCGCAUUACCGACAGGCCGCAGCGUUUGCUAUAUCUCGACUUUGUGACACCCCUGCAGCAUCCAAAAUCAUCCUUUCUGCCAUACACACGCCGCUCCUCAUCCCCGCUUCAAGAGGUUCGAUCAACGAGUUCAGUGCCGAAAAAUCCCUAUCAACACUCAUGACCCUCGUUCUGAACUCGGACCCUUCUCCAACGCUGAUAUCGACGUUGAUAUCUCCCAUAUUUCCGGCACUGUAUUCCCUUCUAUAUCAUAUGGAGCAAGUCAAGACCUCGGAUCCUGAGCUCGUGGAAUCGUUACGAGGCCUCGUCACGACCUGGGGCAGGGUAAUCGGACAGGAAGAAGGACUGAGUACGUCAUGGUAUCUGAUACACAGCGAUAGGCCGGGCUGGCGCGUCGAUAUCGAGGGUCACAUAGAAAGGCUAGAGACGACUGACGAACCCACUGGCCUGUCACUAUUAACACCAGAAGAUCAGGCGAACGUCGAAGAAAUGGACGAGACUGCAAAUAUCCUGAACCUGUUCCCUGAUCCUGCGCAUUUCGUUCGAUUUCUCAAGACUAUCGACCGGUCGGAUAUCACCUCUGAUUUAUUUGUGAGAUUACUGGAGUCUUAUCGGGAAGCGAAAGCUAGUGACGAAGAUCCCCUCAGGACUCUAUUAUACUUGCAACUCGUGAUGCAGCUUCAGACACAAUCGACGACGGGCAAUACCUCCACUGGAAUCCUCGCAAAACCCUCGCAUAUCCUGUCCUUCGUCAAGCAUGCGUUGGAAUCUGCCAACGCUCCGAUGCGACCUGCUCCGUCUACGCGUAGGUCCCCUAAUAUUCUGGAACCAAAAGGACUUGGUUUACAUGGGCUACGAAUCGUGGACGAGGUAGAGGCGCAGGAGGUGACGUUAGAUGGAGACAGCGACGACGAAGAUGAAGAUACCGUGUCUACUGCCCCGGACGACGAGAUAACAGAGACUGCGAUAAAUCUUCUGCUCUCUAUACUUGAAGUGCACGAAGACCUCUCCGCGUGUAACGAACCCUUACUCGACGAUAUUUUCACCUUACUAGAACCGCUAGCCGCAAAUGACAAGUCACCGUCCAUCAAAACAUUAGCAAGGGAAUGUCGAAUGGUGAUGACUGCACGUCUUGCGUCGACGUCAGCGGCCGGGGCAUCACGAGUAAGAAGGGGCGAGGAGGAAGAGGAUAUGCACGCGACUUACCAAAAAGCCUUGAAACUCCUGCAAGACCCUAUAUUACCAGUACGAGCCCAUGGCUUGCUUCUCCUCCGCCAGUUAGUGACGCCAAAACGAUCCUCCUCGACUUCAGUACCACAGCAUAAACCACAGUUGGAUCCCGCGCUCAUGCCUUCGAUCCUCUCCAUCUUCCUGCAGUCUAUCCAAGACGACGACUCGUAUAUAUUUCUGAAUGCGGUCCAGGGCUUGUCAGCGAUGGUGGAGACAAAUGGCAAAGACGUUUUGGGUUCUCUAGUGAAGAUCUACUCAACUGGUUUGGACGGGUUGGCAGCGUCCGUCUCGACGAAGCAUGAUGUAGAUACGAGAAUACGAGUGGGUGAAGCGCUGGGACAGGUUAUACGACGGUGCGGAGACGCGUUGGGCAUCUACGUCGACACCUUAGCACCACCGAUAUUUCAUGUCUUCCGUUCUUCCCACCUCCCUACGACUCUUAGGACGUCUGCACUCUCUUUGCUCACCGAAUGCGAAAAUACCUACUCGCUGGCUCUCAUCCCUUAUACCGUCGACCUCGCCGACAGCAUGAUCGAUCUAUUGCAGCUCGAAAGUGUUUCAAAUACGCAACCACCCAAACCAACGAAACCUGAGCAGGGCGUUUCUCCAGAACGCCAGCGAAGUCGCGAUACAAUGGAUGAUCAACCCACGUCGACCAAUACAAAAUUUCCGCCUCUCAGACGAGCGGCGUUGCAUUUCCUUGCCAUUCUCGCCCGUGCAACUACGAAGCUGGUGUAUGAUGGUGUUCUCGAGCGCCAACCAUUUCCUCCAAGAUUAAUGCAGCGUGCCAAGACGACUUUGGCGUAUGUUGCGUCUGUCGAUAAUGAUAAUAUAGUCAGGGUGAUGGCGAGGGAAGCGGGGGAAUGUCUGGCGCAAUUAGAACAAGCAGAACUAUAA